CAGAGCUGACACAUAUGCCUACGCAGUUGGAACCCUUGUGUCGUACAAUCAAACAACAUUUUAAAAAUAAAAAUUUCUUUAAUGUGAGAGAUGGAAUAAAGAACAUUCCUUCAGUUUUGUCGACAAUCCCAUUGGUUCCUUCAUGUCUUUACUAA